UCAGCAGAAUCGGAAGUGGUGCUAGUCCCGCACCAAAAAUAUAAAAUACAGAAAACCCAUAACCCAGGAGUAGCCGACGGAGUAGCAGGAAAGGAUUGGGCAGCAGGAGAGGACUGUAGCGUGUAGCCGGCAAAAUGCCAGGCGGACGACGUGGACUGGUUGCGCCGCAGAACACAUUCCUCGAGAACAUCAUCCGGCGCUCCAAUUCGCAGCCGGACAGCUCGUUUCUUUUGGCCAACGCACAAAUCGUCGAUUUCCCGAUCGUCUACUGCAAUGAGUCCUUCUGCAAGAUCAGCGGCUAUAACCGGGCUGAGGUCAUGCAGAAGUCGUGCAGGUAUGUAUGCGGCUUCAUGUACGGCGAGCUGACAGACAAGGAGACGGUGGGACGGCUGGAGUAUACGCUGGAGAACCAGCAACAGGAUCAGUUCGAGAUUCUCCUCUACAAGAAGAACAAAACCCCGCUAUGGCUGUUGCUGCAAGUGGCGCCCAUCCGGAACGAACGGGACCUGGUGGUGCUGUUCCUGCUGACCUUCCGGGAUAUAACGGCCCUGAAGCAGCCCAUCGACAGCGAAGAUACCAAAGGAGCGGUUAAUCUAUUUUUGCCAGUUUUAGGUCUCUCGAAAUUCGCCAAGUUGGCCCGCUCGGUGACGCGAAGUCGUCAGUUCAGCGCCCAUCUGCCCACACUAAAGGAUCCCACGAAACAGUCCAAUCUGGCGCAUAUGAUGUCGCUGAGCGCGGACAUCAUGCCACAGUACAGACAGGAAGCGCCCAAGACCCCGCCACACAUACUCCUGCAUUAUUGUGCAUUUAAAGCAAUUUGGGACUGGGUGAUAUUGUGUUUAACAUUUUAUACCGCCAUCAUGGUGCCAUACAAUGUAGCGUUUAAAAAUAAAACCUCAGAGGAUGUUUCCCUGCUUGUGGUCGAUUCAAUAGUCGAUGUUAUAUUCUUUAUAGAUAUUGUUUUAAACUUCCAUACAACGUUCGUGGGUCCUGGUGGCGAGGUGGUCAGCGAUCCGAAAGUGAUUCGGAUGAACUACCUAAAGUCCUGGUUCAUCAUCGAUCUGCUCAGCUGCCUGCCCUAUGACGUGUUCAACGCGUUCGACCGGGACGAGGACGGGAUCGGAUCCCUGUUCAGUGCCCUCAAGGUGGUACGCCUGCUCCGGCUGGGUCGGGUAGUGCGCAAGCUGGACCGCUACCUGGAGUACGGAGCAGCCAUGCUGAUACUGCUACUGUGCUUCUACAUGCUGGUGGCACACUGGCUGGCCUGCAUCUGGUACUCGAUCGGCAGGAGUGAUGCCGACAAUGGGAUCCAAUAUAGCUGGCUGUGGAAACUGGCGAAUGUAACCCAGUCCCCAUACUCGUAUAUUUGGAGUAACGACACCGGGCCGGAAUUAGUCAACGGGCCGUCGCGGAAAAGCAUGUACGUGACGGCCCUAUACUUCACCAUGACCUGCAUGACCUCGGUGGGCUUUGGCAAUGUCGCCGCGGAGACAGACAACGAGAAGGUGUUCACCAUCUGCAUGAUGAUCAUUGCAGCUCUGCUGUACGCCACGAUCUUCGGACACGUGACCACCAUCAUCCAGCAGAUGACCUCGGCCACGGCCAAGUACCACGAUAUGCUGAAUAAUGUCCGCGAGUUCAUGAAACUCCACGAAGUGCCCAAGGCGCUGAGCGAACGCGUAAUGGACUAUGUCGUCUCCACCUGGGCCAUGACCAAGGGCCUGGACACCGAAAAGGUACUAAACUAUUGUCCGAAAGAUAUGAAGGCUGACAUAUGUGUUCAUCUAAAUCGCAAAGUAUUUAACGAGCAUCCGGCAUUUCGUCUGGCCUCGGAUGGUUGUCUCCGGGCACUGGCGAUGCACUUCAUGAUGUCGCACUCGGCGCCCGGUGAUCUACUGUACCACACCGGCGAGAGCAUCGAUAGUUUAUGCUUCAUUGUGACUGGAAGUCUGGAGGUGAUACAGGAUGACGAGGUUGUGGCAAUAUUGGGCAAGGGCGACGUCUUCGGCGAUCAAUUCUGGAAGGACUCGGCCGUUGGCCAGAGCGCGGCCAAUGUGCGCGCCCUAACCUAUUGUGAUUUGCAUGCCAUCAAACGUGAUAAAUUGCUCGAAGUCCUCGAUUUCUAUUCGGCAUUUGCGAAUAGCUUUGCACGCAAUCUGGUGCUCACCUACAAUCUCAGACAUCGACUGAUUUUUCGCAAGGUGGCCGAUGUGAAGCGCGAAAAAGAAUUGGCCGAACGUCGUAAGAAUGAGCCGCAAUUGCCCCAGAAUCAGGAUCAUCUUGUCCGGAAGAUAUUCUCCAAAUUUCGUCGUACACCCCAAGUCCAAGCCGGCAGCAAGGAGCUGGUCGGCGGUUCUGGUCAGAGUGAUGUCGAAAAAGGUGACGGCGAGGUCGAGCGCACCAAGAAGCUACCAGCAAAACUGACACUUACCGAGGACGCUCGCAUCCUAACCACCGCCGCCGCGCCCUCGCCAUCGCCAUCCCCCUCGCCCUCCUCGGGUCCACCAUCUGCGCGCAGUACACGGGCCAGCAAGUGGGGACGCCUCCUGGGCAGUUCAAGCGUCGAUUCAGCUAGCGACACCAGCGCCAAGGUAGCCGUCUCGAGAAGUUUGAGCGCCCGCGAAAGUCUCCGAGAGAGCACCGCCCAAGCGCGGCAGAGUAGUACUUCGAGUAGCAAUGGUGGACAAGGCAACAAACAUUUACAAUUAAGCAAAGUUUUUCCCAAGGCGCCCAAACUGCAGGCCAGCCAGGCCACCCUGGCCCGCCAGGACACCAUCGACGAAGGCGGCGAGGUGGACUCCUCACCGCCCAGUCGCGAUAGUCGUGUGGUCAUCGAAGGAGCCACCGGAGCUGCAGGUGGAGGUGGCAGUGGCACAGCAGCAGCAGCAGGUGGAGGAGGAGCUGGAGCAGCGGGUAGUGGAGCGCCCCAAGGGGCAGCAGCCAGUUCAUCGUCAGGCGCCGGCACAGGAGGAGCGGCUGGCGAACGAAAUCUGGCCCUGGAAAGGGAGCGACAAAUCGAAAUGGCCAGCUCCAGGGCCACCACCUCCGACACCUAUGACACGGGUCUCAGGGAGACGCCACCAACGCUGGCACAACGCGAUCUCAUCGCCACCGUGCUGGACAUGAAAGUGGACGUGCGACUGGAACUGCAGCGAAUGCAGCAGCGGAUCGGGCGCAUCGAAGAUCUGCUGGGUGAGCUGGUGAAGAGAUUGGGAACGGGCAGUGGUGGUGGUCCGACUGCGCCGGAUAGCAGUGGCCAGACAACGCCCGGUGAUGAGAUUUGUGCCGGUUGUGGUGCAAGCGGAGGAGCGGGAGCGGGAGCUGGAGCAGGUACACCAACUGCACCCUCGGUGGUGACCACACCAGUGGACACUGUGAUAACCAUCUCAUCGCCCGGAGCAACAGCAACGGCAGCUGGCGCUGGCGGCAGCGGUCUGCUAAAUCCCGGCGCCCCAGUUGUGUCGAGCGCGGGAGGCAACGGCCUGGGGCCGCUGAUGCUCAAGAAGCGACGCUCGAAGAGCAGGAAAGCACCGGCGCCUCCUAAGCAGACACUCGCCUCGACGGCCGGCACCGCGACCGCAGCUCCCACGGGCGUCGCCGGAUCUGGCAUGACAACGACGACGCCAGCGUCGGCAGCGCCAACAUCAGGAGCGGCAGCGGAUCAGCAGCAGCCGGAAGCCUCAUCUCCGACUUCGGCCCCUCCGCCAGCGGUGGAGUUGCUGCAUUUGCGUCUCCUCGAAGAAGACUUUACGGCAGCCCAAAUGCCAUCCACAUCGGGAACGGGAGCACCGGUGAGCACCAGUCCCACGGCAGCUACCACGCCCACACCGCCGCCGGGCAGUGGCAGUGGCACGCCCACAACCACGCCCACAGGCAGCGGGCCGAGAAGCUCCAAGCGGGAGUUCCUCUAGCCCACGAUACCAGAGUUACCGGAGAGGAGGAGCAGUGGCCGCCAACAGGAGCAAUAAUACAAAGGAGCAGCUAAAGCAGCAGAUGGAGGAGGAGUAGGGGUCCAGCCACGCCCACUCGCAAGCCUACGCCUACGCUUAGUUAGUCUAUUACAUUAUAAGAUACAGCCUGUAACCUCAAAAAUCUCAAGAAAAGUAACACAUACUCUGAUCCGAAGAGUCCAAUGCAAGAUAUGAUUCCAUCAACCGCAAGUUAAGCUUUCCCAUGAAAAAAAAUCCGUAUUUUAUUUGAGAAUUUGAAAAACUCGAGAGAUCUUUUGAAACUCCAACUCAAAUUCUCAAAAAACUUUCAAAAAAAUAUUCAAGUUUCGAACUAUAACCAAGGAUGGUGGAAAAAUAUAUUGCAAUGGAAAGAGAUUUAAAAAAAAAAAGAACGAACUAUCUUUUACGCUAAAAAAAACAAGCUCUAUAAAAGCUAUCCCUCUCUUCUUCUCACACACACACACACAUAAACACUAACACAGACAAACACACACACACACACUCUGAAUGGAAGUGCUCGAUACUCGAUAUUCGAUACUCUAACCGUUAUAUGAUUAUGAUUACGAUAGCAUUAGCGAUAAACGAUAAAUAUUAAGGCAAGCAUAUUGCUUACGAAUUUGCUACAUUUACUGCAAUUAUUUACAGAUAUAUAUAUAUGUAUAUACAUAUAUAUAUACAAAGGACAUCCAUACACACACACAAACACUCAAACACAGAUACAGAUACAGACAAAAACACAGAUAUAGCUAUAUGUAAAUAUGGAUAAUUUUGUGAUAACUGCUAAAAGGUGGCAAAAAACCAGAAAAUGCUUACAACCAACAACCAACAGAGACCGAUCGAAAUAAUGCCCGUGAAUUGUAUAUAGCCUAUAAUUGUAGAAAAGGAUCUAUUAUAGAGAUCAUCAAACCACACAUAGACAGACACAAUCGAUAGGAAAGUCACCGAUAGAUAUAUCUUUUGGAGAUGGGAGCUUGCUGAGAGAUGACUCAUAACAUGGCUAACAAUUAGUUGAAAUGUACAGAGACACACACAUUUUCACACAGAUAUGGAUAUUAACCCGUCCUAAACUAAAAACAAAAUACUAAAAAAAAACUAAACUUAACGAAACUCAAUGCGGCUUGAGCACUUCGCACUCGCACUCGCUUGGCUCCCUAUAUUACAUAUAUUUUUUAGGCUAAAUAGACUCGGAUGGAAACUCAACCUAAAAAACCAAACCAAUAGUUAACUCAGCAACACAGUAAAGUCUAAGUAAGGUGGCAGGUUAGAGCUAGAACUAUAGUAUGAGGCCGCUAAACGAAACGACAAUCGACAGAUCUAAGGAUACAAAAAAAAAAAACCAGAAACAG